AUGAUAGAGAAAAGAAACCAUGUCGUCUCUUCUAUACAAUCAGAGGAGGAAAAAUAUCAAAAAAACAAGAAGAAUCUUCAAGGUGACCUGAUUAAAUUCUACAGAAGUAGGCGUAGUUCAAUACCUCUCUCACCGCUUCUUGAAGAAAUAGAGACACCUUUAGCUGAAUUCUAUGUGAUGCCAGAUAUUGUUGCCGUAAAACAGAAGUCCCUAAUUAGUCAUAAAGAGGAGAGAACACCGAUAAAGUCAUCGAGGGACAUGUUUUCAACUAGAAGUGAAUAUUGUCAAGAAAUUUAUCUAUCAGCUGAUGCAGGCUUUGGAAAAACUGCUUUUUCAAAAUAUCUUGCAAUCACGUGGUGCCAAGCUCAUUGUCACGAUGAAAACUAUGCCUGUUUUAAAGAAGACGAAUUAAAAACGUUACUCGACUUCGAGUUCUUAUUUUUGGUUCUCUUAAGAGACUGUACCUCUGCUUGUAACAUUGACGAUAUGAUUGAACAGCAAAUUACUAAGGAACUUCCUUCAUCAGCACGACUAGAUGAAGUUUUACGAAGAGAAAAAUGCUUGAUUAUAUUGGACGGUCUUGAUGAAUGGACUCACCCUGAUAAUAGUUGUAGGGAAGUAAAUGAAAAAAUCCCACAUCGGUACGUGCGUGAUAAUUGUGUUAUCCUAACAACAACCCGGCCGUGGAAGCUUGGAGUUUCAAAUCUCAAAACGAGUCAAAUAAACAAACUUUUAGAAAUGGUUCAAUUAAGUGCAGACUCUACGCAGCAACUAGAAGAAAAUGCUAUAAGAAAAAUUACAGGUGUCCAUGACGAAAGAGUACUGAAGAGUAAAACAAAGGACUUAGAUAAAGUGAUACGUGACCAUGGCCUAGAGCACAUGCAAGUGAUUCCACUCCUCCUCAUGUACUUAGUUAACCUAUGGUCUAACAAUAUUCCUUUAGGAAAUUCAAGACAUGAGAUUUACAUCCAUGUCAUUGAAUUUCUAUUAUCGAGAACAUCAAAGAUACACCCAGAAGUCCAACCAUCUCAUGUAUCGUCUGCCAGUGAAAUUCCAGAAUACUUCAAAAAUCAUGAAUUUUGUAAAAAGUUUUACAGUCUUAUAACAUCAUUAGCAGAACUAGCAUACCAAACAUUAUGUAACGAAGAAAGAGAAAGCAUGCUAGUAUUUGACAGAACGGUUGCUGAAAAAUAUCUCAAAGCAGACGACAUGAAAUUAAGUCUUCUCUCAGGAAUAUUGUCAGAAAGUAGAAGUAAAACUUUAAUCAAAGAAGUUAUCAAAUUAUCGUUUUCCCACAAAACUGUGCAAGAAUUCUUUGCUGCCAUAUGUGUAAGUCUUCAAAGUUGCGCUCAUAAACCAGCUCUAGAAAAUUGCAGAAAUAUUCAAGACAUUCUGGCCAUGUCAAAAAUUUUUGUAUUGGUAAGUGGAAUGACGCCUGACCGAAUGUGUGCCAUUUCAAAUGAUUUGAUGUCUGUAAUAAAUGAAGACGAGGAAACACGCGACUAUAGAACUGGAUCAGGUGUCGAAUACUUGCCAUAUAAUCCAUUAUAUCACUUACAGAAAAUGAUUAGGUCGUGUUUACAAGAAAUGCCUGAAAGUGAAAAUAUUCAAUUAUGUUUACAAGAUUUCUUUAUUGACGAGGACAUCAAGCUCAAUGAACAGUUUCAACGUUUGUUAAAGCAAAAUAAAAGGAGCAUAAAAUCACUUUAUAUAAACACCAGAUUUACUUCUAGCAGUUUACGUGAAUUGAUAGAUUUAUUCUCUCUGACAGAUCUUAGUCAUUUACAGACACUUUACUAUUAUGGUGACAAAAAGAAGGAAGCUGAGAUAAAUCUGAUAUUGUUUCCCAGUUUACAGAACAUAACUUUGUCUCAUGGUGAAUGGACAAAUGAUGAGGAAAAUCUGAGUGAAAACUUAGCGGGGUUACAAAAUCUACAAAAAUUACAUAUUGACAGGUUCACGUUAUCUCAUAAAGUACUGGAAACAGUUUUAAAUUAUAUCUCUAAUCACACAUCAAUGAAAGAGUUAAUAUUGGAAUGGAUAAAAUGUAAAGAACACGACCGCCCUCAUUGUAAGGGAUUGAACUUGGACUUGUCGCACCAUUCAACUUUAACAAUGUUAUACUUGGAGCAGUUACCCAGACUGCACUCAAAUAUAACAACAUCGUCGUUAGUUCAUGAUAUACUGGUGGGAAUCAAUCUAGAUGAAAGUUCAUUGUUACUGUCAUGUGACAUGUUGAGUAUUGAACGGCUUGAAUUGAGGGGAAGGUUACAGAACUUUAUGACCGUGCUGAAAAAUCUUCCACAGACAGUCAAAGAGAUGACCGCCAUUACACUGGAAGCAGAAUGUGAGCGUGUUAAAGAAAACGAACAUAUAAUACCAGAAGACUGGAAACUUGUGUUCAAAAUUAGAAAAACAAGCAACGAAUAGACAAGGAAAAACGUGUUGUUAAAUAAACUGAAGAAACUACUUUGAUGAUCUUAAAUAAGAAAAUAAUAUAUAUGUAUGGACACUUCGAAACAAUAUGGCAACUCUUCAAACUAUUUUAUAGAAUAAUAAGGACGUACAUGUAUUUCCGUUUUCAGUUAAAUUAAUUGACAAUUGAUAUUAAUUAAAAUAAUUUAAAUGAUAGAAAUAAUUCAAGGAAGAUUUUUACGAAUGUAUUGGAUACAUUUAAGGCUGAAUAAAGGUAUAGAACUAUUUCACAGGUAUAAGAUUUUUAUUGAAGGUUGUAUCUUUACUUUUUAUACCCCCAAAAACCAAGUUUGGGGGGGGGGUAUAUAGGAGUCACCCGGUGGUCGGUUGGUCGGUCGGUCCAGACGUCCGUUGCAUUUUCCUUGUCCGGAGCAUAACUUGAAGACUAAUGGUUGGAAUUCAAUAUAACUACAUACAAUGGUCAAGCACAUUGAGAGGAAGUGCAGUGCACAAGAACCAUAACUCUAUCUUCAGGGCUCUACAAUUUUUUUUGGAAUAGAGUUGUCCAGGACAACUGACCUAGCAAAAUAGAGUUGUCCCAAAAUUUACCACAAGUGUCCAAGUCUCGGUAAAUGUUCAGUAUGCGUAGUGUGUAGAUCUCUAUAUCCAAAGAAGAAGUAAAGACAAUUAAUUUUUUAAUAUUUUUAAGUUACAUUAAGUAUUCCAUUUAGUAUAAAAUAGAACAUUUUGUUUCAACUGAAAUAGUUUUGAUUGUUCAGCUCUCUUCCCAGGUACCUUUCAGCACUGUUCAAGUUCAAUAGCCUGUGUAGGCCUAUAUGUUUUGUUUCAGUUUUAUUUUUUUUCCUGGAUUUUUAUCCUUGAUCUUAAAAAUUUAAGUAAAAUUAUUCUAACAUGAAUCUAGUUAACCAUAGCCUCUCUCAGUUUCCACAUUUCACAUUGGACAUGGUAAAUAAGAAAAAGACAGUCAUUAUUACCCGGUAGGGAAAAUAUGAUAGUGAAUUAGACUAUUCAAAUACUUACAAAUCUCAUCAUUAUUUAUCUUAACAUUGUCAAAAGUCCUUUUGAUUCAUAAGUAACAAAAGAUUUUUAAUAUUCCUAUUUGCUGCAGAGCUUUAAACUGAUUAAAACUGCCUCACGAUUUAUAUAAAAAAAAUCGGCAUCGCGAAAAUAAGUGACAAAUGAAAAUUUUUCUGUUUUCCUCAUAAAUUUUACUAUUUUGACUAUUGUAUGUUCGAAUGCGUUCAUAAUAGAUGCUUUUUGGAUAUUGUAAUAUUGUUUUCCACUUAGGAAUUCAUCAAAAAGCCUAAAACAAAAAAUUCCAAAUUUUCAAUUCACGGCACAAAUUACUGUCUGCUUGUGUCAAUAUACAUCAACUUCAAAGACCAAGUCUGCAACUUAAUAGUGUUUUGGACAUGUCUUAAAUAAUGUUGGACUUUGUAUUUAAGAUUUUUAUCAAACAUUUAGUGUCUUAUCUAUUUUUAUUGCCUGUGGCAAUGUAAAAUUAAUCAGUGUAACAACUACUGAGAUUAAUUACCUCAGGCGAAGAUUACCGGCGCACCAUGCUGUGAAGGGUCGUAUUAAUAAACAUAAUUUUACAGUAUCUGUCAAAAUUUGACUUGUCCUGGACUAACUUUCUGCUUAUUUUUAGUUGUCCCAAGUGGUUUUAGAGUUGUCCCGGACGUCGGACUAUAGGAUCUGUAGAGCCCUGAAUCUUGACUAAUUACAGAGUUAUUGCCCUUUGUUACUUUUCCUUGUCCGGGGCAUUACUUGAAAACUACUGGUUGGAAUUAAAAACAACUUCAUACAAUUGUCAAACACAAUAAGGGGAAGUGCAGUACACAAAAUCCAUAACUAUCUUAAAUAAUUACAGAGUUAUUGCCCUUUGUUACUUUUCCAUUGCUUUCUUUUGUCCAGACCAUAACUUGAAGACAAAUUGUAGGAAUUCAUUAUAACUUCAUACAAUGGUCAAGCACAUUGAGAGGAAGUGCAGUGCAUAAGAACCAUAACUCUAUCUUGACUAAUUACAGAGUUAUUGCCCUUUGUUACUUUUCCUUGUCCGGGGCAUAACUUGAAAACUACUAGUUGGAAUUAAAAACAACUUCAUACAAUUGUCAAACACAAUAAGGGGAAGUGCAGUGCACAAGAACCAUAACUCUAUCUAAAGUAAUUACAGAGUAAAUGCCCUUUGUUACUUUUCCAUUGCUUUCUUUUGUCUGGACCAUAUUUUGAAGACUAAUUGUUGGAAUUCAUUAUAACUUCAUACAAUGGUCAAGCACAUUGAGAGGAAGUGCAGUGCUUAAGAACCAUAACUCCAUCUUGACUUAUUACAGAGUUACUGCCCUUUGUUACUUUUCCUUGUCCAGAGCAUGACAUGAAAACUACUGGUUGGAAUUCAAAACAACUUCAUACAAUGGUCAAGCACAAUAAGGGGAAGUGCAGUGCAUAAGAACCUUAACUCCAUCUUGACUAAUUACAGAGUUAUUGCCCUUUGUUACUUUUCCAUUGCUUUUUUUGUCUGGACCAUAACUUGAAGACUAAUGGUUGGAAUUCAAAACAACUUCAUACAAUGGUCAAGCACAUUGAGAGGAAGUGCAGUGCACAAGAACCAUAACUCCAUCUUGACUAAUUACAGAGUUAUUGCCCUUUGUUACUUUUCCUUGUCCAGAGCAUAACUUGAAAACUACUGUUUGGAAUUCAAUACAACUUCAUACAGUUGUCAAGGACAUUAAAAGGAAGUGCAGUGCACAAGAGCCAUAACUCCAUUUUGACAUAAUACAGAGUUACUGCCCUUUGAUACUUCCUUUGUCCGGAGCAUAACUUAAAACAUACUGGUUGGAAUUAAAAACAACUUCAUACAAUGGUUAAGCACAAUAAGAGGCAGUGAAGUGCACAAGAACUAUAACUCCAUCUUCAGUAUUUAUAGAGUUAUUGCCCUUUGUCCCUUUUCCUUGUCUUUCUGGACUUAUUACAGAGUAAUUCAAUAAAACUUCAUCAAUGGCCAACCAUAUUGAAAGGAAAUGCAACAUACAAGAACCACAACUAUCUUUAAUUGCCCACAACCAUAACUCUAUAUUUCAAUUCUUUUACAAGGUAUUCUGUUACUAGUAACAUCCUCAUUUCCGAAGCAGCCUUGUGGGGGUAUUAAUCACAUUUAGUGAUAGUUCUAGUUUAACAUUAGCAUGCAUAUGUAAGAACUGAAACAGAUUAUUAACAGUGAACACCAUUCUUUUUCACUUUUAAUAGAAAGCACAUUUGAUAUAAGUAAAUCCUAUUUAUAUUUUCCGUGAAAUUUGGAUUCCCUAAAAAGCUUCUUUUUUUUAGCUCAGGGUGAGCUUUUAGGAUUGUUGAUUGUCCAUCGUAUAUUGUCGCCCGUCAUCGUCCACAUUUGUUCGUUAACACUAGUGGUCACAUUUUUGCCUCAAUCAUUAUCA